GCAGUAAUUACGCCCGGCUAUAGAAAACAUAACAGGUGUCAAAGCGAGGUAACAAUACCGAUAUUGUUGAUGUGUGUCAGUGAUUCAUUUGAUCUUAUUUGAAAAAAUAAAACACAUACAUGUAUUAAAAUAUAUAAAUCGGAAAUUCAUUACUAUCAUGUUAAGACUACGAUCACGACAACAGAAAAUUAUAUUAAAGAUGGGUUAAAUGUUGAUGAAAAUAAAGAUUGUCAAGGAAAUACGCUUGACAAUUUUAUUAUCUGAUUAUAUUGAAACAUAUACAAAAUGAUUAUACUUUAUAUUUUGUGCACAAUUCUCAGCGUUUUUACCAUUCUUUAUUGGAAUGGUAUGUUAUGGUGCUGCUUCUAUGGAUUAUUAACCGUAUUUUGUCUUCUUAUCGGGCCUUUAGUGGUUAUGUUAAUAAAUAUAGCAUUAUCAUCAAAGCAUCAAACAGGUGUUGGCACUGUUAAAACUCUUGCAGAGAUGGAUGCGUUUCAUAAUUUAUUAAUGAAAGGAUACGAAGCCAAAUUAUCAAAUGUUAAGAAGCAAUCUCGAUAUCCAAUGAUUUUUAGUCGUUUAGUAGAUGGAGCUUUACAAAAUCUCUUAGAUUUAGCUUUUCAAGAUUUUAUUGGUUGUUGGCUUAAUGAUUUAGCAUUUAAUUCUGAUCAGAUAUUAGAAAAUAUGAAACAAGAUGUAUGGGGUGCUAUACAGAGUCUCCAUGAUCGUCUGUUAAGAGUCGAUCAUACUAAACUAGUAGUGUUUAAUAUAGUUAAUAAAGUAACUUUUCAUUUUGAAAAAAUCAGAAUAGCGCAAGCAGCUUCAUCUGUUGGCGAAGAACCUGUUUUCAUUUUAUCAUCACAUUUGAUGUCUCCUGCAGCGGAAUUGGAGUAUUUAAGAAAAGUUAGUGAAUUGUAUAUAUUGUUUCUAAUGCCACGCAGUUACUCUCUUUCCCCAGCAAAAUUUCUUUUGAGGGAGAUUCUCACCUGUAAAAUAUUAAAACCAGCGAUAGAUCUGAUAACCGAUCCUGAUUAUAUUAAUCAAAAGAUAUUAUUAUAUAUUGAACAGCAACAACUUGCAGCUGCAAUGCACAGAAAAACAUACGAAUAUGCUGAAUCAUUUGAAGAUUUUAUUCGUAUGAUUAAAAGUUCCCGAGAUGUAGAGGUCCUUAAGCAUAUUAGAUAUAAUAUUGUAACCGAAAUUAUGCAGGCAACAACAAUACAAAAUGUAAAAAGAGCGCAGGGUUUGGAUCCAGACAAUAAUGCAUUUGGAAAGUCUGAUGUAAAUCAAGCAAGAAAGUUAAAAAGAUAUAUUAGUCAAUUGACAUAUGCAAAGAAUACGUGUGAAUGUCAUAUGCAGUCGUUAGGAUGGGAUGGUUAUCCUGUACAGGAUAGUGAUAUAUGUGGUUCAACUGCAAUGACAGAAGGAAGAGUAUUGCCUCUGCAAACAAUUUUAGACAAUGUCAUAGGUCGCAAAUAUCUUUCCCAAUUUUUAGAACAAGUCUCAAGUCAAGGACUGAUAGGAUAUUGGGCUGCUGUGCAGGAAUUGAGAUGUGCUGAUAGAUCUAAUUGGCAUCAGCUUGGAGCUGAAAUUUUUUAUACAUAUAUUAGAUCACCGACUGCCGAAAUAAAAGUCGAUAAAGUUGUACGAAAAAGAAUGGAAAGUUUCUUAUUAGGGGAUAAAGGGCCAGCCGUGUUUUACGAGGUCCAAGAGAGCGUAGUCAAAACGAUAGAAGAGAAAUAUUAUUCCCCAUUUUUGGUUAGCGAACAAUAUAAAAAAAUGCAAGAAGAAUUAUUAAGCGCAAGAGCAGAUGGGUUGGUGGAGGAUCAACAAACGGUCGAAGGAACUCUAUCUGAAAAUUCACCAUUGCUUGUCGGAGAACAUUCCAAUUAUGCACGUAGUAAAUUGGACCAAUUACAAGAGAAACUGAAUAAUAAAAUGCAAGCUUUGCAAGCACUUAAAUCUUCUGUUAAGCCCGAAAGCAGAGUUUUAAGUAUUCUGGGAAAGGAAGUUGAAUGGUUGCAAAGUGAAAAAAGACAACUAGAAGCGCACUUGAGUCAUACUGAAAUGUGGGCUGAACACUUGGGUCGAUGGAGAGCUGAUGUACAAAGUGCAGAUAUACCAGAAAACGGCGAAGCUCCACAGUUCGUACUGGUUAUACAUAUGAUAGAGGAUGAUAACAACGAUCAAAGUAUAUCAAGUGGUUGGGUAGUACUUAGGAAAUUACAAGACUUCCAAGAACUUCAUAGACAAUUACGUCAAUUGUGUCCCUACGUGAAAAAUUUCGACUUACCAUCCCAGCCAUUAAAAUUCUUUGGAAAAUCCGAUAAGAAUACUCUCGACAAAGCCAAAAUGCAAAUACAAAAAUAUUUAAAAUUCGUAUUGGAGGAUGAAAGACUCAAUCAAAGUGAAGCUUUAUAUGCUUUUCUUAGCCCAAGUUCGGAACAUUUAAAACACUCGGCACCAUCUCCCAAAAAAUCACGAUUUUCAUUGUCUACAUUGUUUAAAACUUCAUCCGGAAACAAUAGCGAGUCCCGAGAUAAAGAGGAUGAGGAAGAUUACUCGUUGCUUCUCGACGAUAACGAUACUAAUCGAUCAGCAACAGAUUCUUAUAUAGGUCCUGGAAAAGAUGCUAUAGCUGAGCCAUUGUAUGCACUUUUAGGUGAAAUUUUUGAUUUACGUGGUGUCUUUAGAUGGCUUCGUCGAUCCCUUAUAACCUUUGUUCAAAUCACUUAUGGUCGUACGAUAAACAGGCAAAUCAGAGACACAAUUGCAUGGGUAUUUUCUGAACCGAUGCUUCAUUAUUACAUUCAAUUGUUUACAAAGUCCUGGUGGCCCGAAGGUCAUCUCGUAUCUGGGACGGUAUUAAGAACGGACGAAGAGAAAUUAAAAACUCGUGGAGAAGCUCGUAGACAAAUUUUAAAUAACGUACCUGAGGUUCUAACUAAUUUAGUAGGAGCACAAAGUGCGCAACGUGGGUUAAUAAAGGUCUUCGAUACUUUGCAAAAUGUUAAUCUUAAUAAACAAUUAUUUUAUGAUAUCUUCGAAGUGGUGAUGUACGAGAUCUUUCCUGAAUUACAAGAAAAGUAAAAAAGAUUUUGUUGAAAAAAAAAAAAAAAAAAAAAAAAAAAACAAAAACAAAAAGCGAAAAAAAAAGGAAAACAAUAAAAGCAGAUACAAAUGCGAUUAGAAAAAAGAAAAGAACACGUCAAUGUGGUAUGACUGCCAUAUAUUUUUAUUCGUUAAAUCGGACUGACGAUCAUUAUUCGUUCAUUACACCGAUUAACCAUCAGGUGUCCAAUUUAAUCUCUGACAAUUACUGUGAUUUUAGCAUAACUCGAGCGAAAUUUUUUUUCCUCCCCAUUGUUGUUCUUCUUAUACUGUUUUUUCUUUUUUUUUUUUUUUUUUUUUUAGACAAUUAUACUUUUAGUUACUAUUUUCUAUAUAUGUAAUUUUCUUUUUGUUUCUUUUUUUUUUUUUUUUUUUUGUUUCCGUUUACACACUGUCGUGAACGUGGACAUUACAUUGAUAGAUUAUUGUGACACAAUGAAAUAAAUUCUGAAAAACAGAAAAAGAAAAAUCAAA